GCGGAGUUAAGUGGCGAGGGUAAUAUAUUGUGUGGGGUACAUUACAGAUAGACGGGUCCAAUACUGUCCUUUUUGAAAGUAGGAAGGAUAAGGGAGCUUGUCAGCGAGCAAACUACCGGAAUCAGCCCAACAAUUCGUUUUAAAAAGGAAUUAAAACAAUAUCACAUACAAGAAAAUGUCAAGGGAAAAGGAAAGCGAUGGUGGAUGGAAGAAGUUUAUCUGGGAUUCGGAAAAGAAGGAGUUUUUGGGACGGACAGGCAGCAGUUGGUUGAAGAUCUUGGCGUUCUACGUGGUCUUCUAUGGAUUCCUGGCUGGUAUCUUCAUCGGAACAAUUCAGGUCCUUCUCCUGACUACCAGUAGCUACAAGCCCACGUACCAAGACAGAGUUGCACCCCCAGGUUUAUCACACACCCCCAAAACAUUGAAGGCUGAAAUUGAGUUCACCCAUGAUGAUCCUAAAACCUAUGAAGAAUACAUAAAUGCCAUGGAUAAGUUCCUGUUAAAAUACAAUGAAGAAAAUCAAAAUGACUUACUGUUUGAUGACUGUGGAUUUGCCCCUACUCCUCCUGUUCCGCGAGGAAGUCUGGACCAAUCUGAAGGCAGUAAGAAGGCCUGUCGCUUUCAGCGGAAGUGGCUAGGCAGUUGCUCUGGUCUUCACGACAGAACGUACGGAUAUUCAGAGGGCAAGCCUUGCUUCAUCGUAAAGAUUAACAGAAUCGUGAGCUACUUGCCACAGCCCCCCCAGACAAAUGACAGUAUCCCACCUGAAGCCCAUGAAAGAGUACAGCCAAACUUGAUCCCUAUCCAUUGCGCUGCCAAGAAAGAGGAAGAUAAAGACAAGCUCGGACAAGUCAACUAUUUUGGCAUGAACAACACUGGAGGUUUCCCACUACAGUACUACCCCUAUUACGGAAAGCUGCUGCAACCCCAGUACCUCCAGCCCCUUGUGGCAGUUCAGUUUACCAACCUAACAGUUGGCAGUGAGCUCCGUAUAGAGUGCAAGGCGUAUGGCGAGAACAUUAAAUACAAUGACAAGGACCGCUACCAAGGACGUUUUGAAGUGAAAAUUCUGGUCAAGGUCCGAUGAUUGCAACAAGCUGUACUUUCCCUGCCCCAUUUCAAAACAAAAACGACUAGUCUUGAACAAACUGUCAUACAUACGGGACCUACACUUAAUCUGUAUGCUUUACACAGCUUUUUCUGCAUAUAUCUAGGGUUAGAAUGUAAAUUAAGAGUAGCAAUAGCAGUAAAGUAUUUAUUCUACUGAAUGAAAUUUCUUGAGCCAUGGGACAUGUUCAUUAUUACUGUAAAUUAUGAUUCCACUACUGAUAUGUAGCGAGCAGUGUUUCUGUCCCCCCAAGUAUUGCUGCCUUGUGUGGUUUGUUUUUUUUGGAGUGUACAGUACUGUAGUCGCAUACAAUUGUCCUUUCCAAGCCAUGUUUGUAAUUCCUGUAUUUCUAAUGUGAGCAAGCUUUAGCGGUCCAAGGUGUGUGUGUAUAUAUGCACUUACUAACUGAAAUACUGGCAUGGUACGCUCUGAUUGUCUAGGUCCGUGUGUGAAAAAAUGACUGCACUCCAUGGAAUUCUUUUACCCUAUUUCUUUUGUGUGUCUUUGUAGUCAUUUCGUUGUAGAAUACAUUUUUAUCACUUUUUCUUUUGCAUCACAAAUGUGGGAUGUUUUACUUUCAAUUUUCUGUUAAUCUUUUUAGUCGUCCAGUAUGUUGUAAAAAUGUGCGAGACUUGAGUCUAGAUUAUUUGGCAAGUGACUCAGGCUUUUUUUUGUUUUUUCCCCCAUUUUUUUUUUUUAAAGGCAUCACACAGUGAUGCAUCUUCAUAAAGAAUAGUUUUAACCAUUUUCAUGGUGGAAGAAUUUAUUUAUACAGUUGUUGUACAAUUUUAUUUUUCUGCAAGGAAAGUGUAAUGUAUAAAUAAAUUUAAUUAAUACCAAAGUCAGUGGUGGAAGUUUAUUUGAAGUUGAAGCAAUGUAGUACCCCCAAGGUAGAGGAUGUUUUAUUGGUGUAAAAGUGCAAACAAUCAAUGUUUUAACAUCUGUAAACUUGUCAGGAGUUCAAGUACUCUUGUUGGUCAUUUAUUUAAUUCGGUUAAAACAUCAAAUAAAAUGGAGAAAUAAUA